CCUCUCCCUCAGUUCUUUGCCUCCUCCACUCCCUAACCUAGCCCGCAGCCGCCUCUCUGCUCCUGACCCCAACCCCGAGCCCCGAUCCAGAAAUCACCACCGCAAUCUCCGGCGCCGCCCUGCUCCACCACAACCGCCGGUCGGCUCCUCGCUUCUGCAACCUGGACCCGGCCCACCCCUCCAUCUUCUCCUCGGUCCUCCCCAGCAGCAUACAACGGUGCCCACAUGAGCCUCCAUUUGCCCGUCUCCUCCCACGGCCGGACCUGUGCGGGGUGGAGGACGGGCUGGUCGUGGGGCGGGGAGUGGGAGAGGAGGAGGACGCCCCCCCAAACCGAAGCCUCCAUCCAGCAUGUCCCCGUCCCUCACCGGCAGCGGCAAGCCUCCACCGAGUCCGUCAUCGUCCAUCACCGGCAAGCAUCUUGCAAGUCCAUCCUCAUCACCAUCCGUCGCCGGCCGGAACACAAAUAUUGGCAUGUCCACACCACCAACAGAUAGCGGUGGCCAAGAUGUAGUUGCAUAUUCAGGGACAGGAAGUGUACCUCAAAUGGAUGCAAUGGAGGAGGAGGAGGAUGACUUCGACGAGUCCGCUGAUUACCAUGGGUUUGCAGAUCCUAUUUUUAUUCCAGAUGAAGAGGAAGAUGGUGCUGGAGGGGAUGAAGAGGAAGAUGAUGCUGAAGAGGAGGAAAAUGUGGAAGUUGCAUCCAAAAGAAAACUCACUUCGGUUGUGUGGGCUGAAUUCAAGAGAGUGAAGGUUGCAGGAAAAUGGAAGGCUAAGUGUGUUUAUUGCAAUAAGGAGCUUGGAGGAGCACCAAAGAAUGGGACCAAACAUCUUCAUUACCACUUAGGCAUUUGUGUUUUGAGAAAGAUCAAGAUCAAGACCACUGUUGCUUCAGAAUCAGCAUUCAGCACAAGUGAUAGAGUUAUAAGCGACCAUCGUUGUAGUCUUACUCCAGAGACGUUAGAAGCUCUAAUGUGCUCACAAGAUUGGAUAAGAAACAAAUAUAAAGAUGGCAACAAUGGUAGUGCAACAAGCUUCUGGACUUGUCUCCAAGACAGUCAAGAGGUGCUGCCCCCACCUGAUCUGGAAAGUUAUGCUUGAGUAUUCAUGAAGAAUCAAGAUGAAGCUGCCAUGUGCCCAUGUUAAAGUGUUAAACCAUUUGGCUUGUUGCACUUCUUUUGAUUGCAAAGACAUUUGUUUAAAUUCAUGUGUGAACUUUGAAUUGUAAUGUUCUUCUCCUAAGUUUAUGAACUACUAUGUACCUCGAGUUUUAAGACUUAUCAUGUGGCUGAACCUUGAGACCUUGAGGUUUGAGACUUUAUUA